AUGGCCUGGUCACUUAAGAAGAUACUUAAGCUUAAGGACAUUGCUACAUCAUUGUUUGAUAUUAUAUUGGGAGAUGGUCAGGGUACUUUGUUUAGGCAUGAUCCUUGGUUUGAAAAUCAGCCUAUUAUACGUAAGGCAAAGUUCGGAGAGCAAGUGAACCAGAAUGACAUCGAUGAUAAGUUGAAUGAUCGGGAACAUGGUGAAUUGAAUGAACUUCGCAAUGAAGACCCAAAACAGUCUGAAAAUGAGAACGAUGUAAGUAUGCCUAAAAGUGACACUGAUGGAGAUAUAAAUCAAAAGAUUUUGUUUCCUUUAAAUGUUGAUGAUCUAGGAAAUUGGGACAAAAUGCAAAAUAUUAAGGACUUUUUGGUUGAAAUAGGUCCUAAAACUGGAAGACAUUUCAAUCCAUCACAUUAUAAGAGACAAUUGACAAAUGGUGAGAAAAGUGACAGAAGAUUGUUAGUGUACUCUAUUUCUAUGGACAAGAUCUUUUGUUUUUGUUGCAAGUUAUUCAAAACUCAGAGAACCAUGGCGAAACUUGGUUAUCUGGCUGACGAAGGAUACAAAGAUUGGAAGAAUAUCAGUUGA